UAAAUUUAUAUCUUUGUUUGCAAAAAUUUCCAGUACAAAAAUAAAAAAAAUUUUUGAAACACUUGUUUCACAAAUGUUAACCCUUAUCAAUCGCGCAGAACAUUAAAGAGGGUGUCUUCUUCUGCAUUUUUUUUGUGUUACUUCUGCUUUUUUUUUUGUAUUUGAAAACGCGCUAAUACAAUGCACCAGGCACGCCAUGUGUCCACUGAAGCAUUUAAUGAGCAAAUAAUAAUACCGCUUUAUUGUGCUAGAAAAUAAAUUCUACACAUUAAAAAUAAAAAUAAUAUAAAAAAUAAAAUAAAUAAAAAAAAAUUAAAAAGUUCUCGAUUUGUUUGUUAAUAAUUCUCACAAAUGGAUACGGUGGCUAUUAAGACGGCGCCACCACAUGCGCCAUUAUCCAGUACACAACAUCAACAACAACAGCAACAGCAGCAGCAACAGCAACAUAAAUCUCUAAAAAAUGCUGCUGCAGAGCACUAUCCAAAGACAAGUAUUGGCGCUUUUUUCCAAACUUGCAAGGUCUUGUGGCACUUAGACGCUUUUAGACGUUCGUUUCGUGCGCUAAACCAACAUGUUUGCAGUGGACAAGACUGUAUAUUCUGCGCUUUAAAGGUAAGUUUUUUCACUUUUUGGAGUUUUGUUAAUAAAGUUAUGUUGUUGGUUAAUUGUUAG